GGGGGAAGGGGCUGGCCGCCGGGGAGGACGGCCUGGAAGCGGGAGGGAGGGCAGGAGUGCUAAAACGGGCCGUUCCGGCCUCUACCCCUAAAGCGAGCGGGGCCGAGGGCAGGCGGGGCACGCUUGGCCCUUGCCCGCUUGCUUCUGUGAGGGACCGCGCACAACCGGGGUCUGCAGGGGACCGCGGGCGGCCCUGAGCACGGGGGGCAGCAGCUCUCCGGCAUACCGAGCGCAGGGCCGGAGCCUUCCCGAGCCCUCCGAGCCCUGCCCGGCCCCAGAGGCCGGCGGCUGCCGCAGGCUCCUCGGAAAGCCCGGCACGCCACACAGCCUCCUAAUGGAGUCUCGGUACCACAGUGGGCUGCCCGGGGAGGAGCUGCAGUGACCGUCCCUGGAGUGAUACUUUAUGGGAUCUUGCUAUAGCUGAAGUGGAGAAGAGAGAAAAUCCUGAUGAUGAUGAUGAUGUCAAGCCAGGGGAAGUUUGGGGAAAAUCAAUAUUAUUUAUGGGAAACAAAAAUGGGGGAAAGACCACUAUCAUACUGAGAUGCCUUGAGAGGGAAGAGUCUCCAAAGCCAACAUUAGCCUUGGAAUAUACUUUUGGCAGAAGAGCAAGGAGACAUAAUACACCUAAAGAUGUAGCUCAUUUUUGGGAAUUAGGUGGUGGAACCUCAUUAGUGGAACUCAUUCGAAUACCAAUCACUGUCCACAACAUAAGGUCAUUUGCUGUAGUUCUGGUCUUGGAUCUCUCCAAACCUAAUGAACUCUGGACCACUAUGGAGAGCCUUCUGCAGGUCACCAGGAACCAUGUGAACAAAAUUGUAACCAAACUAGAAAAGACAAACCCUGAAGUAGCUGCUGAAAUUAAACAGAGAAUGUGGAACAAUCUGCAGAGGGAUCACCCUGACAGUGCAUUAGUUGACCCUUUUCCAAUACCCUUGGUGAUAAUUGGAAGCAAAUAUGAUAUUUUUCAUGAGUUUGACUCUGAAAUGAGGAAAAUAAUAAGCAAGACACUUCGAUUUGUUUCACAUUAUUAUGGAGCCUCAUUAGUGUUUACCAGUAAAUCUGAGGCUCUCCUGCUGAAAGCCCGUGCUCUUAUCAAUCACUUGGCAUUUGGCUACGAUAAAAGCAAGUCUGUAUCAGUGGAUCCCAGCAAACCUCUCUUUAUACCAGCAGGCCUGGAUUCCAUGAGUCAAAUAGGACCACCACCUGCCUCUGACAGUGAUCUUGGAAAGAUGCGUGCCAACACGCCUUUGGAACUAUGGAAAAAAGUAUUUGAGAAAACAUUUCCUCCCAAGAGUUUCUCUGAUUUACAAGAUACCAAGGACCCUGCACAGGAUAGUCAAUAUGCUGAAUAUGAAGUUGAUGUCAUGAGAGCUCAGAAAAACCAGGAACUUGAACAAUACAAAAGAAAUGCCUCUAAAUCCUGGAAAGAAAUGGAUUUUGACUCUGAUUGAUGAACUGCUCUGUCUUCGGUUUAACACCAUUUACAAAACUAUUUUUAUAAUUUUUACAUUACAUUAGCAAUUUCAUCUGAUGCAGUUGAAACUAUAUAAUAUCAAACUAUGAAGUUGGUACUUAUUGAGCAUUCCUGUUAUUUUUACAAAAGGAGCUGUUUAUUCACUCAGUCCAAAUUAAUUUAUCUUGGCACUGGCAAAGAGUUUUAAAAAGUGGGGACAAAGGAAUUCUAGAUUGCUCUCAGGUGGGUUUGUAUAUGAAGACUGACAUUAGUCAGUUCAACCUAAUUUAUAACACAUUAUUUGAUUUACUUUUGAAUACUUCUACCCUAAGCAUAUAUUUAAAUAUAAACAAGUUUUCACACCCAGAAUAUGAAAUUGUGUAGUGUGUUAGGCAUCUUUUUGUAGUUCAAAACCAAAGCUUAAGAAAUACUUUCAUAAUUGUUUGCUAUAUUUGAAUUAAUAAAAAACCCCUAAAACUGGCAGAAUAAAGUGGAGUUAAAACCUUCUCUGACCUGAA